AACAAAGUUCCAUUCAUUUCACUUAUUCAUUCCUCGAACACGUAAUCACAAGAAGCAAAAAAAAAAAAAAAUGUGGAAAAAUUAAAGCUGAUGAUAACAAUAAUCGGCUCAAAUCUCCAUUUGGCGCAAAACCGCGUGUGACAUCACAGGCGGGGUUAUGGCUGAGAACAUCGUUUAUAAUUAUAUAUAUAAUUAUAUAAGUUUCACAGAAAAUACGGAAUCUCGAAGCUCUAGCAGUAGUUCCAUCGCUGAAUGCGAAGGAAACGAUUCCUACUUUCCAAAAUUGAUCGAACAUUGAGAAGACAGUGGGUCAUCAUCGUGUAUGUAGAGCUGACUUCAUCCUGUCUGUAAAAUAAUGUUUACAUCCGGGUAUGUAGCUGUCUGUUGUGCGCGAACAACUGUUGUGUUGUGUCUGCUGUGUUGCUUUGCUCCUGUUACUGUCUAAUAUAUACUAUACAAAAACAACACAUCAUUUGAAGUAUUUUUGAUAGCAUCUUGAACAACAGAACAACAACAAACGUUUACUUAAUAUCUACGGCAGAAACUUAAAAAAAAAAGCCUUGGUUUGCUGGCUGCAGCCACACAGAUUUAGGUUUCUGAAAUGCAGCAAUUGUCUUCAUCAGCUGUAAAUGAAGGAGGCAGCCAUUUGUAAACAAGUCAAUGUAACAGGUUACUACUGUGCUUUGACAAGCUGCAUGCUGCUACAGUGAUGAUUGCACAGUUCCAGGGGACAGAUGAGGCAAAACAAAAGCUAAGCCUGAAAUAGUGUAGUGAGGGAGAGUACUAUCUUGUGAAGCAUACUGAGCACAGAUGGUAUAAACUAUGGUGAGGUGCAGAAGCCAACUGUGGGAAGGAUCAACAAGACUGAAGGCUUUCCAACCGGUGUUCAGUUUGAAAAAAUAACCUGGUAAAAUUUAGCUUUUUUAAUCUCAUUGUGUUUUAACUGGUGCAUGUGUUGUCAGCUGUCAGCACUGCAAUGGCUACAGUGCCUCGGUUCAUUUUCCACAAAAUGCAAGUGCACAGACAUAAUUCACUGGUGAUAGUAAAGGAUUGCUUGUGUGAGUAACAAUACAUUCUACAUGUUGUUUUUAAAAGUUUGGGGAAAGUUUGCAGAGUAUGUCACAUGGGGAAAGUUUGCAGUGUAGGUCACAAGACAAACAAGAAAAACAGGGUUGUUUGGGAAAAGUUUUGCCUUUCUCGUAUGUCCGCACCUCAAGAUCAUACCACGGCAUGACAGUCAGCCCUGUAAACAAAUGCCACAUGCGGAGAAAGAAAAGCGUGCCUGCGACAAGAUCUGAACUCAGGACAGCCAGUCCUCUCUGUAUUGGCAACAGGUGCGAGGCUGGACAAGUCACUGCUAGGAGUGACAACAGCAGGUGGUGCAGUGCUGUAAACAUCACUAUUUACAACAGGUUCAGCAGACGUGUGUCCACAUCACGUGACAACAUACAGGUUAUCUAAUUUUGUGUCUGUUUUUUUACUCUGCUUCCCUCUCCCUCCGGGUCUGUAUCACGGCUCAAACAACCAAACCUCUGAGGGAGAGUAGCUGCAUAAUAUUAUAGCACCGCCGCACUGAUGGUCAACAAGUUAACUUCUCUGGUCACUGGACUACUUUGGUGACUCACCUUAGUUUAGAAUGGAGUGAUAGUAGUGACAUAUGUCCGUGGUACAGUGAUGGAUACUCAUUGGAACUACAUUGCUGCCGUGAGGUGGACAAAGCCGACUACAGGGAGGUUCGUUGAGGCGACCAAGGUUGACACAUCCCUGGCGUCCAGUGAUGAUCAUCAGACAGGUCGUCCAUGCCUGGCCCAACAACCGGCAAUGGCUUAUUUUAUGUCUUGCUGCAGCGGUCACAACAUUCAUCGUGUGGUCCGCCUCGCCAGCUGCGCCAUCAAUGGCCCCCAACUUGAAGAAAUUUCAGAAGACGACGGUAACGAGUUCACGGAGACCGCCGCUGGCACACAGCAACACGUUGGUGGAGUUUUUCCCCGACUGGACAACUGCGGACCCACACGACCCGGUGCCCGUCCAGCGAGUCUACGUGUACUCCGCCACCCUGGCCCUCCAGCACACGCCACCCACAGGCAGCCACAUCCGCAUCACGGCCUUCCAGGAGCAACGGGUGGCACAGCUGAGGUGCUGCUUCCGUCACCGUGGCAACGACACCUCGGCGCCAGCGCUCGUUGUGCACACCCACAAAGUCGAGGACAAGCAGGAGGUGCUCGGUGUGGUCUACCAGUGUCACGUGCCCAUAUCUCCGCAAAACUUGACGGGAAUUCGUGUCACCAUGACCCCUGAUUCCGCUUGCCCCGUGGAGGAUGUCUACUACUUACCUGUGUACAUACCGGAAGUGGUUAAAGGCGGACUGGCCAUCUGUGGUAAAGUGGCCUUUGGCAGCUUACUGGAUCCUCUGAAGUUGGUGGAAUGGUUCGAGAUGCAAAAGCUACUUGGAGUGGAUAAAAUCCAAAUACUUGACUUUGACAAUUCCGUUAAUGUGACGAAAGUGUUUCGAUACUAUCAAGAAACAGGCCUGCUGGCUAUGUUCCCCUUUAAGCUUCCAGGUCGUCCAUGGGGUCGAGGCUUUACUGAUGAAACUAGAGUACUUUACCAACUGGCCCAGGAUGAAGACUUUUCUGUUCUUGAAUGUCGUCUGCGACUGGCCGGCUAUGAUUAUGUCAUGAGCAUCGACAUGGAUGAAAUUAUCUUACCGAGGAAAAAGACUUCACUGAAACCAUAUUUUCAGGAAAUAUUUGGUCCUAAUUCCAAACUGGCGGCCGUGUAUUUCCACGUGCAAUUCUUCGUGGAGGAGUUCGGACCUGAGGACAAGGACGCUCCCCUGCACGUGCUCCGUUACCUGAAGAGCACGCCUGCGCGCUGGGAGUGUCAGAAGUACACGUACAUGCCGGCCAGAGCUGACCAGGGCUCCACACACUCCAUCAAUCCCUUCCCUGGAUUUAUAACGAAGCGAAUUGCUCCAGAAGAAGCCGUCGUCCACCAUUACCGACACUGCCCACACGGUUGGCCAGAGUGCAGACCCUCCCACAUCACCGACAGGUCCAUCACGAGGUUUCAGGUUGACCUUGUUCCUCGGGUGAAGGACGUCCUCAGUAAAAUAGGAUUAUAGUCUACAGAUUACAUUUAGUAUUUAUGUAGUAUAAACAUUGUAUAUGACAUGUUUGAGGUGUAUUUUUGUAUUCAUUGAAGAGCAUGUAAAGAAUGCAGAUGAAUGCUGUUUAAAUGUUGUCCAUAAAACGGCUUGGGAAAACGUUUUCUCCCGAUUAUCUUUUUCUGAAAUCCUUUAUCAACACGCAGCAUGAGUUGGCAGGGGUCUGUGAUAUCAUUAUGAACAUGUUGAAUUAUGAUGAGAGGGACUGUCCAUCACUAGGAUGGACUGUAUAGUUCUGAGACCAUCAUAGGUCGUGAAGCCGAAACCUAUAGAUACACAAAUAAAUCGAGAAAGGUUGCACAAUUAUUUAUCAGAUUAUACAUAGCAAGCCAGCAAAAGUGGAUGAUCAUGAAAUCCUACGUGUGAACUGUGUUACAAGACAGUCAACUAUCAUGAGGCCAUAAUUAUUGGUGCAAUGUCGAAACCUGAAUACACAUAACUACAUAUCUAACAUUACCAUAAUAUUGGAUGUCUGUCAGCCCCAACGUUGAGUUAACUGUUCUGUGGACGUUUAAGUUUUGAUGGACCAGACAUCAUGGAAGAUUCACAAAAAGAAGGUUGAGAUGAAUUUUCCAAAUGUGUGUAGUCUGAUUGCUUUGAAGAAUGUUAGCGUCUGUGUCAGCUGAGAGUUGUACAAUAGGGUGAGGUGGUGUGAUGAUGUUGAGGCACAUUUGAGGUUUUGUACACGUCACCAUCCUGAUUUCAAACAUGGAAAAGAUAUUGUGACAAGCAGCUCACCUCCCUAUUUCCACAAGAAAUAUCCUUCAGUCACAAUGUUGAUCUGCUAUGUUUACAUGAAAUGUUUUGUGAUACAGUCGUACUAGUGAUACAGCAGUACUAGUGACUAGUGAAACAGCAGUACUAGUGACUAGUGAUACAAUGAGAUACCAUGGGAUGGAUGCAAUGGAUGGUCACUGUCGAUUUGUCAUCAAGAGACUGUACGCCCUCAUUUCACACUCAGCAAGAUUUUAGUUUACCGCGUGACUAAAAAAUGAAACCCGGUGCCGGUACUGUUUAUAAUUAUUGUCUGACAAUGAAAUAGUCACAAACUGAUCUUUUCUUACAGUUAUUAAAAUAGAACUUUCGACAAAAAAAGGAAACAGUGUUGAAAAAACAUGAUUUUGGGAGCAGAAAGAGAGAGGGACGUGUUCUGCUCGUUACACACUUUGCUUUUUUUUUUUUUGAACUCCCCAUUGCUGGUUGUACAAAACCUCAAAUGUGCUGUUGAUUCGUUACAGCUCAUAGGAGGACUCUAGACCUACUCACUAUCUUUGCAAUAUUCAGUCCAUCUGUACAGUAGGUUUACAGUCUGGUGGCAUUAGAGUUCACAUUUUUUCAUAUUUUUUAUUAUUAGUGGUGGUGUUAUUGCGCCUAUCACUUGUGGGUCUUGUUUUUCAUCCUUUGAAUGUAGUAACCUUGUGAAAGCUGUAACUGUCAUCAGGAGUGAUUUUUUGCUGCUUUUUUGUGUUUCGUUUUGCAGUAGCGUAGAAAAAAGUUUGUUGUGUUGAAUCCUAAAAAAUAUCUGUUAGAACUGCAUGACCUACUUCAUGAUCAGUUUGACCACCUGUUGGGGUGAGUGUACGUCAGUCUUUGUAUUCCGAUCCGCGGAUCGUUCAGUCUUUUUUGUGAGCUGCAUAUAUUUAUUAUUGUUCUGUUUGUAUGACGUAAGUGGCUGAUUGUAUAUUAUUGAUUGGAUAAUACUUGAUUACACGUUUGCCAAAUAGCUUUGCAUUGAUUUCUGUUUUGUUGGAAUCUCAACCAUCCCCAGCCACAAGGCACAACAUUUUGUGUUAAGGGGAACACUUGCAAGGGCGCACCAGCUGCUAUGUUUUCGUUGAGCGAAGUUCAGCUUCUCCAAGGUGAAAGCAGGGUUAGCUUUCUUUAAGCAGAGGUUCUUCAUGCCCAGCGACAACAAAGGAUGUGACCAAUGAGAAUUAAUGAUAUUUAAAUUGUUUGUUCCCAUUGUCUUAUGUUAACGCAAUAAAAAGUAAGAGCCGUCCUGG